AUGGAGGAGCCAUCAGCACCGCCUCAACCACCACCACUUUCAUCGGAUUUCCAGCGCACUCCGACCACCGUUGGGUUACCUGUCACUGCGAGUAUCAUCAAUCAAGAAAAUUCUGCGAGUGUGAGACCAACUACUGCCUCCUCUGACUUGAAUUCACACUUUCCAGUGCCUUGGUCCUCUGGACUCUGCGAUUGUUGCGAUGAUGUUAGCAGUUGUUGCUUAACGUGCUGGUGUCCAUGUGUUACAUUUGGAAUUGCAGAAAUCGUGGAUAGAGGAUCCACAUCAUGUGGAGUAAGCGGAGCACUAUACACAUUGAUACUGUGCGUGACGGGUUGCUCGUGUCUGUACUCAUGCUUUUACCGAUCAAAGUUGAGAGGACAGUAUUUCUUGGAGGAGAGCCCUUGCACUGAUUGCUGCGUCCAUUGCUUUUGCCAGGAAUGUGCUUUGUGUCAAGAAUACAGAGAGCUCAAGCAUCAUGGCUUUGACACGUCCAUAGGGUGGCAUGGGAACGUAGAAAGGCAGAAACGAAUAGCUGCAACUAAUCCUCCGGCAGUGCAAGGCGGCAUGACCCGGUAG